AUGGCCGGAAGGGGAAGUCGACUUGGCCAGGGGGAGAAGGAAGAAGUGGGGCUUGAUUUUGACCUCGAUUCGGGUCCUGGACCCGACCGAUCACCCCAACGAGCUACAUUUCCUUCCACCACUGCCAAUCUCCCGCCAAUCGAAGAAGAUGACGAUGAUUUUGAAUCACUGGUGAAGGUUCCUGCCCCGGACCCGCCUCGGGCCCACAAAAGGCUCCGGCACGGGCCUAAGGUUGAGGAGGAAAAGAUAAAGCCCAAGGAAAAUACCCGGUGCAACGUGGAUGAUGAGAUUGAGGAUUUCUCUUCCGAGGAGGAUAGGCACUCUGGUGAUCUUCGGAAAAAUUCAGUGUGUAGCAGCUCAAAGUUCCUAUUUCGUCGGCCUGGGAUUUUGAAAUCGCACUUUUCAAGUGAACAGAAAUCAAAAAAGAAAGAGGGUUCAAGUGCUUCGGCUUCUGUAAAGGUGGAAACAGGAGCUAACAAAUUGAUCUUUCCCAAAUUAACCGUCAGUCCUCUUAGAAGGUUCCAAUUGAUCGAUUCUGAUUCUGAUGAUCCUUCCGCCAUUGAACUACACUCUUUUCUUCAUUUAGUAACAAAUUCACCUUUGAACAACAGCCAAUCAAACCACAAGCAACGUGCAGCUUCAAAUGAGCAGAGGACAACAAAAGCAUCUGAAACUGAAGACUUCUGGAAAGAUUUCUGCUCAGAGAAGAGUUUUCACAUUCCUACUCCCACUUUUGAUGAGGUUUGUAAAGAAUAUUUUGGAUCUGUGAAAGAUAAGAGCAAAACACAAAAUAACUUGAAGGACUCACCUCAAAUUUUUGACAAAGACAACGAGCAACAAGGGAAUAUGACUUCUCUUCCUCCUGCUCACCGCUAUUUUUUCCAAGCGGAUCCUAGGAUCCGGAAACUAGUUCAGGAUCGUCUGCCCCAUUUCUUUCCUUUAGGAUCAGGGAACUCCCAUGGUUACAAGCAGCAGAAUGCAUCAGUUAUUGAUUACAUGGGCCAAUUUAGUCAUGGAGAAAGCUCGAAACAAACAACUAAGAGCCACAAUGUUGGGACAAGCUCCACUAGGACCCAAAAAAAUGUAAAAAAGUCAAGUGUAGGCGAGAUCUCACGAGAAUCUGAGAACUGGGUGAAUCCUAAAAGUUGUGCUGGAAAUCCAAAAGAUGCUGGUAAAAGAAGGGUACAUGCUGUUGGUACGACUGCCGGCUGGUACACGGGCUCAGACGGGCAAAGAGUUUAUGUGAACAAAAGUGGCCAAGAGUUGAGGGGUCAAAUUGCUUACCGCCAGUAUAGAAAGGAGAGUGGAAUUGGGUUCAAAAAUUCAAAGAAGAAAGCGGCUGCCAAGAAGAAAACGACUGCCAAGAAGAAAAAUGUUCGUAAUAAGAAAUAA